AAACUUUCACAGUAGUCAACUCGGGCACUUGAGAGGGGGAGGAGAGAGGAUCAAGUUCAAUCCGGCUUGGGCUACACGGUGGGUUCAGCCAUCCUGGUCUGCCUGAGACAAAACAAAACCCUAAAGAAAACGGAAGAAACCUUUGGUAGAAGAGAAAGUGACACUGAGAUGCAAGCCUCCCCCUGGCACCAGCCAAGUCGAUCUUUGUCCAGUCGACAAUCCUGUACGUUGCUUGCCCGGUUUUACGAGCCGGCGCCGGUCGACUUCUCAGCCUUGCCACUGUAAUCUCACUCACCCCAGCACCUCUGGCCACUUCCCUUCCGGGGAACCCUGCACUAUUCUAUGGGGCUGGGAAAAUGCUUUUCCUGGCAGGUCGGAUUCUUUAAAUUGCUCAACCCAGCUUGCCCAGGAAACGCCUUCCCUAAUCCUGGAAUGGGCAUUUGUUCUGGAAGCUCGUAUUUACAUUUUAAGUGUAUCUGGUGAGUGGGCUGGAGCCCUCGUCCCGGUCGGGGAGAGAAGAAGCCGUCGACCCGUCUUUUCAAUCGCUCCCCCUCCCUUUUCUCAUCACUCCAACCAGCCCGCGACCAUGCCCAGGAAGAAGGGGGCGGCCUGGGAGGAGCCGAGUUCGGGCAACGGCACGGCGCGCGCGGGGCCUCGGAGGCGCGGCGGCCCCGCGGGCAGGAAGCGCGAGCGGCCCGAGCGCUGCAGCAGUAGCAGCGGCGGCGGCAGCAGCGGCGACGAGGACGGCCCGGAGCUGGACGGAGCCCCCGGCGGCGGCAAGCGCGCGGCCAGGCCGGCGGCGGCGGGCAAAGCGGGCGGCGCGGCCGCGGUUAUCACCGAGCCCGAGCACACGAAGGAGCGCGUCAAACUCGAAGGGUCUAAAUGCAAAGGGCAGCUUUUGAUUUUUGGGGCAACAAACUGGGACUUGAUUGGACGGAAGGAAGUGCCUAAGCAGCAAGCUGCUUAUCGCAACCUUGGUCAGAAUUUGUGGGGGCCCCAUAGGUAUGGGUGCCUGUCGGGAGUCCGGGUGCGGACCGUGGUUUCGGGUUCAUGUGCUGCCCACAGCCUCCUCAUCACCACAGAAGGGAAGCUGUGGAGCUGGGGUCGGAAUGAAAAGGGGCAGCUGGGCCACGGUGAUACCAAGAGGGUUGAAGCCCCUAGACUCAUUGAGGCACUCAGUCACGAGGCCAUCGUGCUGGCAGCCUGUGGGCGCAACCACACCCUGGCGCUGACAGACACUGGCUCCGUGUUUGCCUUUGGAGAAAAUAAGAUGGGACAACUGGGCCUUGGGAACCAGACAGAUGCUGUCCCGAGCCCUGCUCAGAUCAUGUACAACGGGCAGCCAAUUACCAAGAUGGCCUGCGGGGCUGAAUUCAGCAUGCUGAUGGACUGUAAAGGCAACCUCUAUUCCUUUGGGUGCCCUGAAUAUGGCCAGCUGGGACACAACUCAGAUGGGAAAUUCAUCGCCCGGGCACAGCGGAUAGAGUAUGACUGUGAGCUGGUACCCCGGCGGGUGGCCAUCUUCAUUGAGAAGACCAAGGACGGGCAGAUCUUGCCUGUCCCAAAUGUGGUAGUUCGAGAUGUAGCCUGUGGUGCUAACCACACACUGGUCCUGGACUCACAGAAGCGAGUCUUCUCCUGGGGUUUUGGUGGCUACGGCCGGCUGGGCCAUGCAGAGCAGAAGGAUGAGAUGGUGCCUCGCCUGGUGAAGCUGUUUGACUUUCCAGGGCGUGGUGCGACCCAGAUCUACGCUGGCUAUACCUGCUCCUUUGCCGUCAGUGAAGUGGGUGGCCUGUUUUUCUGGGGGGCCACCAAUACAUCCCGUGAGUCUACUAUGUACCCGAAAGCAGUGCAGGACCUCUGUGGCUGGCGGAUCCGGAGCCUCGCGUGUGGGAAGAGCAGCAUCAUUGUGGCGGCCGAUGAGAGCACCAUCAGUUGGGGUCCGUCGCCAACCUUCGGGGAACUGGUGAGCCCUCCCUGGGGUCUGGGAAGAGCUGGACUAGCCAAGAGAGACCUGGAAAUGGGCACGAGGAGGGUUUCAUUUGCAUUCGACACCUGGGAUGUGUGGGGUGCUUGUGUUGCUGACAUUGGCUUGUUCUUGCAGGUGGCCAUGGGCUAUUCACACUCCUUGGUGAUAGCACGAGACGAGAGCGAGGCUGAGAAAGAGAAGCUCAAGCGGCUGCCCGAGUACACCCCACGUACCCUCUGAGGCAGGGUGGCACUCCCCUCGUGGCAGCUGUCAUUUACACGUGCACUGGGACCAGAAGUCAGACAAGGAAUUUAGGAAGCAAAAGUUGACUGACGAUGCAUUGGGUCAGCCUCUCUGCGGUUCCGUUUCCAAGCAGUUCAACAUUAACUACCUUUUUCUGUAUGCUUUCCAAAGUGUUUCCCUCAGUGUUUGAUUAAAACAUCUGCUCAUAGCCAGCUUGCCAUUCUACGAGACAGGCAGGAACUCAGAGCAAUUUAGGCUUUUUAUAUAUAUAUAAGUUGUAUUUCUUUUCUCCCCUCCUGAGUAUCCUUGUCCAGCCCUACCAUUCCAGCCAUAAUUAGCAUUGUGAUCCGAGUGGGUGCCACGUGGGAGAGGAAUUGCCACUUUCCCAGAUAGAAACGGCCCUUCCAGGAACCAGCAGCCUCUAGGCCAUGAAAUCCCCAGUGCUCGGUCUCCACCCAGCUCCCGCCUUCCCGCUUUGGGAGACCUGGUUACUUGCUUGUGGGCCCUCCUGCCCCUCACCUCCACCCAAUAGCUGUUUGCUGGCUUGCUGUCUGCAAGGCCCACUGCCUUUUGGCUGAAGCAUUUGUAGAACCAGCCAUUUCCCCCCUGGUGGGGGAACUGGGGUCUCUGUGUUUAGCCAUUUAUAUCUACUUUAGCUCUCGCGUCCAAAUGAGAAUUGGGGACCAUGGGAUAUGGGGGUGGGCAAGGUGGGGACCCUUUGUGUUGUUGAAGGGCCUGGUUUAUGGCUCCCUGUGGAGCCCAGACUGUGUUUCCCAGUUAGAGAUCAGCCAGCAGUCAAGUGUGUGUUCAGUCCUCUGUGACCUGUCGGCUCCUGCUGGCCCCUCUGCCUGGGGUGGCACCUUGUUCUGAGACUUAGCCAUUCUUCUGCUGGCCCCAGUGCUCUUUGGCGCUUGCAUUUGCUUGGCUCUGGUACCAAAUAGUUGGGAUUUCUGAUGAAAUCCCCUGCCCCGCGUGUCAGCGCAGAUGCUGUGACUGCCACCCACAUCCCCACAAGUGCCCUCUUCCCGAGCCCGUCCUGGUAUUGACUUUGCGGCUGAGUUCCAAGGUGCCUUUCCUGGAUCCUGAGUGUGGUGGCAGCUCGGGCUGGGCCCCUGGUUCCCAGAGGGUCUGGGUUGUGUCGGCUGCUUUAACUAGGUUUAGUUCCGUGGUGCUCUGGGGGAGUCGGGGAGAACUGAAGUGUGAGGCUGGGUGGAUGAGAAAGUUAAUUCUGGUCUUCAAAUUUAUGGCUUCGCUUCUGGUGUUGUGACGCUUGUUACUGUCUCUAUGUUAAAAUGCCAAAAAUGAUGUAGUCGCUGCUUCCUUCCCGCCCCAGUGCUCUACAGCAGCUUCUGGCUUUGCAAGGUGUGUUUGUCUCGGCCAGCGCCAUGGCCUGGCGGGAACGGAUCCGAGUUCCCACUGUCUCCCAUCUCGUGUCCAGCCAUAGUCAGUCCAGGGACAAGCUUCUUCAGUGGCAGUGCUCCCGCAAAACUAACCUGCUUUGUCCUGGUCACCCCAGAUGCCACCCCUCGCCUCCACGUGCUGCCCGAGCCUUCCCUGCUCUCUGGCUAGUGCUGCUCAGUGUCUGCUCCUCUGUCCUGGAGUCGUGUGGUCACCCAGAGGGCUGCGGAUGCAAUAGCCCUGAGCUGAGCUGGGCUCUUCUUCCAGGGAGCAAACCAUAGCCAGCAGUCAACGCGUGGGUAUUGCGGUGCUGGGGCUGAGCAGAAAGACCUGGGGAGAGAUCCUUGAGUCCAGCCACAACCCCUUCCUUUAGGCUAAAAUGUCCACCUGAGCUUUUCCACUGGGAAACACCUUUAGAACAGGGACAGUGGGAAGUCCUGGGCGGGAGCCACUCUGGCCGCCCGUGGACUCCUGAAGUCUUCCAGUCACCGAUGAGAGGGUAGCAGGAAGGGAACAAGCGAGGAUGGUGUGAUUUGGUUGAAGGUGCCUGGUUUAGUGCUGUUAAUUGUCUUUUUUUUAUAUAUAUAUUUCUUGGAGUAAACAUUUUAAAUAAACGGCAUCAUUGUUUA